AGCAAACGGUGCAAGCCCCAAGGUUCGGCCCCACUCAGCUGCCCCACCACGAAUCCCCGGCUCUCCUUUCUGCCCCCGCAGGCUCCGUGGCGUUCCUGGGGCUGUACCUGGUGUUUGGCUACGGCGCCUCGCUGCUCUGCAACCUCAUCGGCUUCGUCUACCCCGCGUAUGUCUCCAUCAAAGCCAUUGAGAGCUCCAGCAAGGAGGACGACACCACGUGGCUGACGUACUGGGUGGUGUACGGCGUCUUCAGCGUAGCCGAGUUCUUCUCCGACACCUUCCUCUACUGGUUCCCCUUCUACUACGUCGGGAAGUGCCUGUUCCUGGUGUGGUGCAUGGCCCCCGUGUCCUGGAACGGCUCGCAGGUGCUGUACCACAACGUCAUCCGGCCCUGCUUCCUCAAGCACCACCAGGCGCUGGACUCCGUGCUCGGCGACCUCAGCACCAAGGCGCUGGAUGCGGCCUCCACCGUCACCCGAGAAGGUAAACGCGGGACGGGCGUCCCCCCCUCCCAUCUUCCCCCCCCCCAG